AUGGUCGAGGUUCGCCGGGAAGACGCAGCCUCCGCAGGGAUGCCUCAUCACGCGCAAACUCCCCUCGGCCAGGAUUACAGCAAGUGUAACAUCACUAACUCCCAGCCAGCCACAUGGGGCCAGCACCUAAAAGCAGCGUCCUAUGAAUCACCCCACAUAGCCCCUGCGGGGUCGUGUACUACCGGUUCCAUCUGGGGCACGUCGCGUGGGAGCCUGGGCACGCUGAGUUCAUCCGCGCCGCAGUUCAGUGCCGCCUCCCCUGCGAGAAGAGUAGAUGUUGUAUUCUGCCAACAAAUGGCACCUAUCCCUCGCUGGCAAUACUAUGGAGGCUGCCGCGAGAAUGUUGCUUCUUCCGCAGCCUCUUUAUCCAUGGGCAGCGGGGCUCCAGUCCGCAACCCCUCAGCGCUCAACCAUCUUUACCAUGAAAGUGGUGCUAUCCCUGCAGGUGUUCUGUCAUACGGUGUCUCAGAGGGUGGAUUGCCUUCCUCGAGCGCAGCGCUUCGAGGGAGCUCUUCCGUGACACACGCCGACAGCCAUCUCAGAGGUCAACCCGCAGUGCCCUAUGGGCAGUCACCAGUCGGCAUGUUCGAUCGACGCGAGACUUCGCCUCCCAUCCCAGCUGUGCAGCACCCCCCCACCCAGCCCGCCGCUGGCGGCUUUUUUGGACCCAGGACGAGCCUCUCACCCACCGUGGCCGCUGUUGGCCUGCCUGUCAGCCGGCAUUUCAACCCACUACGCGAAGCUCCUUUUGAACUCGUCAAGUUUAUUAGGCGUGACCCAUACACGCACUUUUACAUCCCCGUAGAUUGCCCCUACGCUCGGCGAUGCGCCAAUGGCGUCUGCCCGUUUGCACACACGAAACUUGAGAAGAUGUUCCAUCCUAUUGUAUAUAAGACGCAAAAGUGCCAGAUGGCUCUAUCGGAUACGGGUCCAUGUCCGUAUAUUAACCAGUGCACAUUCUUUCACACCGAAGAAGACCGAAAACAAGCUGAGCUAGAGCGGGAGGUUUGGGAAGCUGAAUGGGGUCCAUGGCGCCCGCAAAUGUGCCAAUUUUUACGUAGCCAUCACACGUUUGAGAAGGGAAUACGACGGAAGAUUGAAGGGGUGAUCAAAAUUCGCAUGCCGCGCUCUUCAUCAAGUGGUUGCUUGGGGAGGGAUUUGGAGAAUAUUGGAGUUCUAACCAGGUUCGGUGAGCAGAAGAAGCCGGCGAUUCAGCAGGGCUCGCAGGGUGUGCGCCCCCUAGGCUCAGGAGAAAGCCAGGCCGCAUUCUCCUCCACAAGGGGGAGGAGCUUCUCAGAAAGUGGAUUUGCUGGCGAGGGCAUGGCUGGCCUCGCCGACUCCGGAACAAGUCAAUCUGAUCCCCGUCUGGCGAAGUCUGUGAGCCUCUGCGGCCUGGCAGACGCACCUCUGCCAACCUCUGCGGUGUUUGGGAAUACUCGGCGUUCAGUAGAGCACCACAAAGACCGUGCAUUCCCUGCUGCGCCUGAGUGCUUGUACAUAGCAAACGCUUGGAGCAAUAAAUGUGCUCAGCACUGCAGACCAGGCGGUGGGCUUGGAAGUCGGUUAGAAACAUCCACUAGCAGUACACGGUCUACUCUCCAGGAAACCGUGGCAACCUUGGGAAAGGACAGGAAGGCUUUUCGUUCAUCGGGAACUCUUCCAGAACUUGGCGGGAAACAAGACACGAUAGCUUCUUUACCAUCAGCUCAUGGUUCUAGUCAUGGUGUAUUGGGCCAGAGGGUUGCCCAUUCUGAUGGCCUGCACGUCUCCCCUCACACAUUCUGCGGCUGCAGCCCGCUGAGCUUUAAUUCAAAGGAUGGCGAAUAUUUGCCGUUGCGGACAGGGGAGGCUUCUGUUCUCUCCGUAACAACUGGUGAAGUGGAAGCGGGGAAGGGGGUGGCGUCCACUGUAAUGACGUCGGAGACACGGCAGGCCCUGAUGAUCUCUACACCUGCCGAUGCCAACGUGGCAUCUGGGAUGAGCACGUGUGAAUCCAGGGACCAUGAGGGUGCCAGUAGUUACCGUAAGUCGCUUAACGUCUUCGUUUGUAAACCGCUUCAUUUUGCUGUGUCAACGCAGGCCAGUGCAGCCAGCGGCAAACCAGCUGUGGCGGGAACCCUGCAGUCGGCGCAACCGGCUGUGGAGCGUGAGCCUGCUGAUACACUGCAAAUGUUUGGCAGCUGCCGAAUACCAGCGCAGCCCAUCAGCGUAAUCAUCCCGGCUCAGUUAUCUUGCAGUCAAAUAAAGAACUGUGAGGACGAACGGGGGAAGGCUCUCACCAGUGGAGGCUCGUCUUGUCGUUCUAACACCCUGCGUUCCCCUCGCGCGGAACCUCCAUUGGUAGAACUGGAUGUUCCCCUAGCGGAGAACACUGUGAAUCAGAGCGGGAGCUCUGAUUCUUACUUCUUGCGACAUCACGGCCAACAGGCAAUAAAUGUGGAGGGUCAAGAAGACAGUAAGAAGGUGGUUUGCACUAGGGGGGAAUCAGAGGUGCCUUCGCCGACGGAAGGAGGACAAGUUGGAGAUCUUCAAGGUGGAUCUGAGGGCGGUUCUCAUCAACAGCCUUCGACUUGUAAGCGAAACACGGGCGCUCUCGAUUUGAGAAGUGCACAGACUGGGCGGGUGGCUUCGCAGAGCGAACGGCUGGACGGACAGGAGCCACUUCGAGAGCCAGAUGAUGGCGAAUCCGUCAUACAGGCUGCGUGUGCCUCACAAGCUAUGCCGCUUCAACCUGGCAUCUCAUUGCUGGACGCUUCACCAUCAAGCUUGCCGAAGGAUGGCUAUGUAGCUCAAGUGGAGCCGCUUAGCAGCGUUACGUCACAGAGGCCUUCGAUCUCGCCAGGGAGUUGCACUCAUGCCUUCCGACUUUCUGCGGUUGUGGAACUUCCUGGUCGUGGUAGCGCAGAUGGCUCGACGAGCUCCACCUUGCCUGAGGAAUUCGGUGGAGAUGCUCAAGCAGAAGCGGUCAGGAAGUACAACGCGUCGAGUAUUCUCCUUUUGCCAAACCAAAACGUAGCCCUUUCGGCUGGGGACGCUGUGAAUAGCCUGCCGAAGCCUGUUGCUGCCGGCUCCCCACAAGGCACUCUGGAGGAACGGACAUUUGGGCAGUUCUGGAAUCCUGCAGCGCCUGCCGACGGUGCAGCCACCCACAGUCCGCUACCGGACGUUUCGGAGGGAGAGGCAUUCUCAGUGGCAAUCGACGCCGUCAUGUGCCAAAACAAGAUUCCGUCUAGGGACGGCUGCGUGACCGGUGCGAAGGAUGAACUGAAUUUGCUGGCAGGGAAUCUCAAACACUUACUGCGAACUGCAACUGAGAAAAUUCGGCGCCUGGAUAUUGGGACUGCUGGGGGUUUGGCCAGGACUGAUUACCAGCUUGAUAACCAACUGAGGGAUGAACCGACGCUUACAUUGUCUGGGACCAUGGAUGGUUCUGCCUUGCCUGGGUUGCGCAACAGUGAAUGCGCAGAGGUUUUGAGUAGCUCCAACGUUUCGCCGGCGGGUGGAGAGAGGCAAAGAUGUGCCUCUACUGUUCCAAGAAGUGGAACGCCUGACGACACUCUGGAUUAA